GCAAAAACCCAGAGGAGGUACUGAAAAAAUACCUGCAGAAGGUGCGGCAUCCGCCGGAUGAGGACUGCACCAUCUGCAUGGAGCGCCUCUCUGCCCCCUCUGGCUACAAGGGGCCCCAACCAGCCGUCAAACCUGACCUCGUGGGGAAGCUGGUCAAGUGCAGCCACGUCUUCCACCUCCACUGCCUCGUCGCCAUGUACAACAACGGUAACAAGGAUGGGAGUCUGCAGUGUCCCACCUGCAAAACCAUCUAUGGGGUGAAGACAGGCACACAGCCUCCAGGGAAGAUGGAGUAUCACAUCAUCCCUCACGCGCUGCCUGGCCACGCUGACUGCAAAACCAUCCGCAUCAUCUACAACAUCCCCCCAGGGGUGCAGGGACCAGAGCAUCCAAACCCCGGGAAGAGCUUCACGGCCCGUGGCUUCCCCCGGCACUGCUACCUGCCAGACAGCGAGAAGGGCAGGAAGGUACUGAAGUUGCUGCUGGUAGCCUGGGACCGGCGCUUGAUCUUUGCCAUUGGGACCUCCAGCACCACAGGCGAGUCGGACACGGUGAUCUGGAAUGAGAUCCACCACAAAACAGAGUUCGGCUCCAACCUCACUGGCCACGGCUAUCCUGACAUCAACUACCUGGACAAUGUCCUGGCGGAGCUCGCAGCCCAGGGCAUCACAGAGGAGAGCCUGGCACAGGAGAAGGACUGAGAGCAUGGCGAGGA